AAAGCUCGAACGAAGAUUUUCGUGGAAAGAAACACUUUUAAUGAAAGAAAAGCAGAUAGGACGAGAACCCACUUUUCUUAAUCCAUCACGGUUUCUUUUACUCCGUCGAAUUCGCAUGCACUUGAGGAAAAAGGCGGAGCGUGGCGCUGAAAUUCAGGCAUGGCGCGUGACGCGCACGUGGUCCCGGCGGACCCGGCGGCGGUUGUCGCGGUGAAGAAGAAGGCGCCGCAAUCGUCGCGGAGUUGGGUCCUCAUAGACGCUAUGGGGCAGAGCACGGUGCUCGACGCCGACAAGUACGCGAUCAUGCACCGCGUCCAUAUCCACGCGCGCGAUCUCCGGAUCCUCGACCCGAAUCUUUCUUACCCUUCUACUAUUCUCGGCCGAGAGAGAGCCAUUGUGUUGAAUUUAGAGCAUAUCAAGGCAAUUAUCACUACUGAAGAGGUUUUGUUACGGGAUCCAUCAGAUGAAAACGUUAUUCCUGUUGUGGAGGAGCUUCAAAGGCGGUUGCCAGCUGGGAAUGAGGCAGGCCAUGUUCAGGAAGAUGGGAAAGAGGGCUUGGCCGCACAAAAUGAUGUUGAUGCUGGUGAAGAAGACGAAUCUCCAUUUGAAUUCCGGGCACUAGAGGUGGCUUUGGAAGCCAUUUGUAGUUUCCUAGCUGCAAGGACGACGGAACUAGAGACUGCUGCUUAUCCGGCUUUGGAUGAGCUUACUUCCAAGAUAAGUAGCCGCAACUUGGAUAGGGUUCGUAAACUCAAGAGUGCAAUGACUCGGUUGACAGCUCGUGUUCAAAAGGUAAGAGAUGAGCUCGAGCAAUUGCUGGAUGAUGAUGAUGAUAUGGCAGAUCUUUACCUUUCAAGAAAGCUAGCUGCUGCUUCUUCACCGGUCAGUGGUUCUGGUGGAGCCAAUUGGUAUCCUGCCUCCCCAACAAUAGGUUCGAAGAUUUCCAGAGCAAGUAGAGCGAGUUUAGCAACUGCUCGUAUGGAUGAGAAUGAUGUCGAAGAACUUGAAAUGUUGCUCGAGGCUUACUUCAUGCAAAUUGACAGCACGUUGAACAAAUUAACCACGCUACGGGAGUAUAUUGAUGACACAGAGGAUUACAUUAACAUCCAGCUGGACAAUCAUCGUAAUCAGCUCAUUCAGUUAGAGCUAGUGUUGAGUUCUGGAACUGUCUCUUUGUCCAUAUACGCUCUGGUGGCUGGGAUUUUCGGGAUGAACAUCCCUUACACCUGGAACAACAACCAUGGUCACAUCUUCAAAUGGGUUGUCAGCUUGACCGGAUCAUUUUGCGCCAUUCUUUUCGUGAUUAUAAUGUCCUACGCUCGUUACAAGGGCCUUGUCGGACCUUGAUGAUCCAUUAUCCUUUGCUGUUUCAUGCUCAUUUGAAUUGGUAAUUGUAAAACACAGCUUAGUUUACACCAUCGAUCCCCCUUGCAAUCAAACUUCAUUUUCAUAUGAUUA